UAAUUGUUUGUCGUUCGUCAAGUGAAGUUGUAUUCUCGGCUGCUUCACAGUAAAUUUUCUUUUUCUCAAGUGAUACAUACAAAAAGUGAGGUGUAGAACAUAAAGCAGCCAUUUUGGUUUUUAACACAUUACAACCAAAAAAAAAGUUUUUUUUUACAAAAUAAACUAAUUUCAAAGUGAAUUUAUAUAAAAUAAGCUGUAUUAAUUAAAUUACAGUUUAUUAGUUGCUGAAAAUUCUCUUAAUUUCAUAAAGCGUUAAACAAGUUGCAAACAACUCAAAUAAUAACACAAAUAUGGCUUUCCGCAAUCAAAACCGUAACCGUAACUUUGGCGGUAACAAUUAUGGCGGUGGUCCCAUGGGAGGUGGCAACCGUGGCGGCGGCAUGGGUGGCAACAUGAAUAUGUCCCCUUGGGAAGGACAAAGCGGUCCUAGCGGUAACUUUGGUGGCAAUAUGCGCCAAGGUGGAGGUGGUGGUGGCAGCGGUGGUCAAGGCAUGAAUGCCCAAGCCAUCAAUUUGGCCAAUAAUCUUUUGAACAACCUCUUCCGCAGUCAAAAUCCUCCCUCCUUGUUGGAUAUGCCCCGUGGUGGCAAUAUGGGUAAUCGUGGACAACGUGGUGCACCGAUGGUCAAUCGCGGUGGUCCUGGUGGCAAUCGUCCUAAUAAUCGUCGUGGUCAAGGAGGUUUCCAAAACCGUGCUGGUCCUAAAUCAGCUUCUAAGCCCGGCGCUGGUGGCGGCAUUCGUAAACAGAAUGCCUUUGAUCGUGCAAAGAAACUUUUGGCUAAAAAUGCCAACACUAAAAAGAAGGAUUCCGCUUCUGGCGAUAAGAAAACUGAGAGCAAAGAGUCUCCCUAUGCCAAUGUACCCAACGAUAUGUUCUACUGUCAUCUGUGCAAGAAGCACAUGUGGGAUGCCAACUCAUUUGAGAACCACAUUAAGGGACGCACCCAUUUGAUGAUGCGCGAAGGUAUUGAGGAAAGCUAUCGUCUAAAGGCCAACAUGAUCCGUCAGGAGGCCAAGAUUGCCGAGCAAUUGAAAUCUAUUGAAUUGGAUCGCUUGAAGCGUAUGGGCAAGAGCAAGCAACGUCAGUUGGACUACUGCACCAUGUGCGAUUUGAACUUCCACGGACAUAUUUCGGCUCAUCGUAAAUCCGAGGGACAUUUGCAAUUGAAGAAAUUCUUGCAUCCCAAGUGUAUUGAGUGUAACAAGGAAUUCGCCACUCGUAUCGAUUACGAUACCCAUUUGUUGGCCGCCGAACAUUUGAUUAAGGCUGCUGAGAAGAAUACCAAGGUUGGAGAACGUAAACGCCAGACCUUGCCAAUUCUCACCGAAGAGGAAGAGUUGAAGGAUGUCCGUCCCCCCACCAAGAAGAGGAAGAAGGUUGUUGCCAAGAAGACUGAAGGCGCUGAAGGUGCCGAAGUCAAGAAGGAAGGUGAAGAAGAUGCUGAAGGCGAAGAAGCCGAAGGUGAAGAGGCUGAAGCAAAGAAAGACGGUGAAGAGGGUGCCGAUGAGACCAAGGAGGGUGAAGAAUUAAACGAAACCCAAGAAGGUGAAGAGGAGGUUGCUUUACCCGUCGAUCCCGAGGAUUGCAUCUUGGAUUUCCACGAUGGCGAUGAAGUCCCCACUGAAGUAGAUACCCGUUUGCCCAAAUACAACUGGACUCGUCCCGUUGGUGCCGCUCUCAUCACCAAACUCGAAUGCUACGAGUGCUCUUUGUGCGGCAAAUUCUUAGACAACGAAAAGACUGUCGAAGUACACUCUCGCACUGUCACCCAUCACCGCAACUUCUUGAAGUUCAUCAACGAGAAGGCCAGCGACACCAAGAUCGCUCAAAAGCGUGCUGCCGCCGCCAUUGAAGAAAGCGAACGCAAGAAGCGCAAGUUGGAAGAAGCUGAAACAGCUGCCAACGGUGAAGAAACAAAAACCGAAGCCGCCGAGGGUGCUGAAGGUGAAUUGUACGAUCCAUCAGAAGCCACCGGUGAGGAUGAAGAUGUAGAAAUGAACGAGAAUGGUGAGGCCGCCGAAGAAGGUGAAGGCGCUGAGGGCGAAGAGAAUGGCGAAGAGAUGGAAACCCAAGAGGAGCAACAAGAUGAAGCCGAGGCUGAAGCUGAGCCCGAACCUGAGCCAGAGCCAGUCAAAGAAACACCUAAAGCAGAAACACCCGCAAAGACAGCUGCUAAGAAUUCUGCUCCCUCAACACCUGCUUCUGCUGAAGCCUCCCCCGCCAAGAAAGCAGCGACACCUGCUGCCCGUGGUGGCGCAGCCAAGGGAACGCCGCGUAACCGUGGUCGCGGCCGUUACAACCGUUACUAAGCUAAAUAUUCUCCCUUCUCAAACUUAAUAACCCCCUCCCCUUUUUCUAAGCACUUUCCUUGAAUCGUCUUGUGAAAGUAAUUGACGCGAAUACUAAUUAUUCAGCAGAAAUGAUUUUCAUGACAUUCAAUUACAUAUAUUUUUUUUAUAUAAAUUAAAAUUUAUUAUAAUUUAACAAAUCAAAACAACAACAAACCAAUUUCAUUUAACUACUUAAACUUACAACCAAUCACAAAACUAACUUUUUUGAAAUAUUAAUCUAAAGCCAACAAAAACUCUUUUGCUAAAUCCUUAAGUUGUAACUUAGUAUAGCUUAAGAGCUAAAUCAAUAUUUAUUGCAUUAAAAAUGGAAAAUCAAUACAUUAAAGUACAGCAACAAAUAUUUAAAUGAAAUAGCUCCCUCGGCUCAUUCUCUAUUAACUAAAAGACGGACAUUUAUUUCUUAAAAGUAUGAAUUUUGAAUGAGCUUCAUAGAAAAACAACAAAAAUAAAAUAUUUUAAUUUUAAGAUUUUAGUUUAAUAAGUAUUAAUUAAACUUUGAUUGAUGAACGCUAAACAAUAUAAUUCAGAGCCCAUUUAUUAUAUAUACAUACUUAUCCAAACUCUGCAAAAACAUGAAAAAAUAUCUAAAAACUAGAACAUAAUUUUAUUAUAAAAACAAAACGUAAUUAUAACUUAAAAAGCAAAAGAAAGAAAUUUUCUCUAGAAAAAAACAUUGGAAAUAAUGAACAAAAGAAAUUUAAAUACAAAUAAAACAUACCAAUGUAAGUGUAUAAAAAAAAUAGUAAACAA